AUGUCGAACGAAAACGAAACGAAGGAAUUCGACAAGGCCAUUUCUCGAUGGAAGAUACAGUUCGAUACAACAGGCGACGCCGUAGAAUUCCUAGAGCGAAUAGAAGAACUAGCCGAAACAUUAGGCGUCAACAAAAACAAAAUAAUACAUGUUAUUCCGAGAUGUCUAACGGGAAAAGCCUCAUUAUGGUAUAGAAAUAAUAACCAAGGAUGGAAAACUUGGGAAGACUUUACAGAUAACUUCAAAUUAUUCUACUAUCCAAGAAACUAUGAGAAAAAUCUUCUAGAAACGAUUAUAAACAGGAGGCAACAAUUCCGAGAAAAUUUCAUACAGUAUCUAACCGACAUGCAAACUUUAUUGAGAAGAUAUGGGAAAUUAACCCCAGAACAACAGUUAGAAAGAAUCUACGAUAAUAUGAAACCAAACUAUCAAUACUAUAUAAAAAGAAAAGAUUUUAGUACAACUGCAGAACUAAUACAACUAGCAGGCGACUAUGAAAAAAUAAACACAGACCGAUUCAGAGAAACAACAAGAAAACCAAUGUACCAACGGAAAGAAAACACGCCAAAUCCCACAGAAAAACCCACCGGAACCCUAAAACCCGAAGACCACAAGACAGAAAGAAAACAAAUACACGCAAAUUAUGAUCCACAGACUUGUUGUUGGAAGUGCGGCAAGAGAAACCACACAACGCGGGAAUGCAAAAACCAACAAGUAAUUUUCUGUAGCAGAUGCGGGUUGAUGGGGAAACUGACACGGGACUGCUGUAAGAAAACAGGCGAGGCCAACUACAGAAGGACAUCACAAGCAUACACGGCAGACACCCAGAAUAAGGGGGAUAACAGAGUGUUUAUAGAAGUCAAGAUAUACGGAAAAAGGUUCAGGGCAUUGGUAGACACAGGGUCAACAAAUACCUAUAUAAACAAAGAGAUCAUGGAUCAAAUUCAGGAUAAUAUUAAAGGAAUUACAGAAAAACAGAACACGAUAAAAUUAGCCGACGGAUCUCGGACAAAAACAAAUAAGGUAAUCAAUAUUAACAUAGAAGCAAAUGGGAAGAAAUUAACACACCAAGUCAUAUAUUUACCAGCAACUACAGUAAUGAUCAUGGGAAUGGAUUUGCUAACAAGAAUAGGGCUAUCCAUAGGGUGGAAAGAAACAACAUGUGAACAAAUCAGCACAGAAAAACCAGAAAAAAAACCCAGUAGUACAAAUACCUUAACAGCCGAACAAGAAAACCAGCUGCAAACCUUCCUCAACGAAGAGUUCGAAAAGUCUGACAAAAGUCCGAAAGGAAAUACAGGGGUGGAACACAUUAGAAAAUUAAAACAUAAAGAACUAAUCAAACAAAACGUAAUUGCAGACGAACUAUCGAGAAACCCCGUAUAUACCACAACAACGGAAGAAAAAGAGUGGUACACAAAGAAAUUGGAGAUAACAAGCAAAAAUCCGGAGUCGGACCCCGAUUAUUGUAUAAAAGACGGAAAACUGUAUAAAAAAGUGAUUAAUCCGAAAUAUGGAGGAAAACUCGACCCCACUACAGAGUGGAAACUAUGCGUGAGAACCUCGGAAAAAGAAAAUAUUAUCAAACAAAACCACGACGAACCGGACGCAGGCCAUUUGGGAACGUCAAAAACGUUCAACAAGGUAGCCCAACGCUAUUAUUGGCCAGGCAUAUUCAGAGACGUCGCGAAAUACGUGAAUAAAUGCGAAGUCUGUCAAAAACACAAGCCGUCACAAGAGAAAAAACCAGGACUCAUGCAUAUAAAAAACGCCGAACAACCAUGGGAGGUAGUAACAACGGACCUCAUAGGCCCACUACCUCGUUCGUCAAAGGGAUACCAGUGGAUAAUCGUAUUUCACGACAAGUUCACCAAAUGGUCGGAAAUAAAACCCUUACGAACGGCCACCGCCAACACGGUCGCAUGCGCACUCAAAGAAUGCAUAUUAAAUAGAUAUGGCGGAAUUAAAACACUUCUCAGCGACAACGCGAGAAUAUUCACCAGUAAAGUCUUUAAGGACACAUUAACAAAGUAUAAAAUAGAACAGAAAUUUACCGCACCGUACACCCCACAGUGCAAUCCAACCGAACGAGUAAAUAGAACACUAGAAACUAUGAUAUCCGCAUAUAUAGAAAAAAGCCAUAAAAAAUGGGACGAGUAUCUAGGCGAGUUCAACUUGGCGUUGAACACAUCGGUACACGAAACGACUAAAUACACCCCGGCGUUCCUACUAUUUGGAAGAGAACUACGAAAUUUCCGGGACAGCAACCAAUUUCCCACCCCGGCGCUCAGAGAAAACCAAAAACUCGAAGAAAUUUAUGAGAUAGUACGAAAUAAUCAAAAUUUAGCAUCAGCCCAACAGAAAAAGUAUUAUGAUAAAUCAAGACGAAACUGGAAACCACAAAUAAAUGAACUCGUACUAAAAAGGGAAUACACGCUAUCAAAUGCAAACAAGCAGUUUUGUGCAAAAUUAGCCCCUAAGUACUCCGGCCCACAUAAAAUAAUCGAACAAAAAUCACCAAAAAAAUCUUCAAACGGAGGAGGGGAGUGUGACGAUGAGUCACAAACAGCCUACAUGCCGGCCGGCGUGGAAGCAUCGAGAAUCUUCCACGACAGCAACGCGUGA